GGAUUUCAUGGUUGCUGAUGGGUGAGUCUUAUCACCUCAUUGACUUUAUUGGAUUUUGAGUGAGCUUAGCGGUAAGCAGCAGAUAUUUACAUGGGGAAAUUAUGGCCUUUGAAAUAUUUCCCUAUGCUUUGAAUCUAAAGAUUGUAUCUUCUAGUCAUUUUGGUAUCAUUAUCAAUUAUGUUGUCUGUUAGACUUUGCUGCUAGCAAUUGUACCCUUAUUCAUGAUAGGUGUUAAUUUUAACUUGACUAGAUUGAGGAACUCAAAUUGUGUCAACUGAAGUUGCAAUUGCUUGGUACGGUGUCUAAUCAAUUGCUUGCUCUCACUGACUCACAUACCAUAAUGAUGUCAUAAUCCAUAUUCACCCAACUAAAAUCCAUCUCAAGUAAGGUGGUUUCUUUUCUUUUUUUAUUUUUUUGGUAAUAACUAGGUUUUGCUUGUUCAUGCUGCAUGACAUGAGGAUUCUAGAAGGUAUUCAGGUCCCUACGUGUAACUACAUUCCAAUUGGCAGACAUGAAUGCAGCCAGCUGGCAAAAAAAUUAAAAUAGCUGCUGAAGAAAUAAGGAAAAGGUCGUUUAGAUUGAUUUAUCAUUUUGGUCGAAGCGUACGCAAUGCUUAGGUGUGAUGGAUGUCAUUUCUGCUGCGUUGGAUUUAUAUUGGAGACAUCAACAAAACUCCUUCCCAAAAUUGACUGCCAAAUACAAAGAUGUCGGCAUGGUUUAUCCCUAUGCCGUCACCGUUCACCAUAGGGUUUAUCUUAUACAUUAAUUUGAUGGGCCCUUUUCCAAUUAAAAUAUUCUGAAAAGUCGAACCCUGAGCUGUAUAUAUACAAAGGGAGAGGACAGGGCCGAGAAUACCAUGAGAGUCACCGCCAAUCGUAGCUUGCAACAAUUGAGAUUGAGAUUCUCUCCGACAGCUAAACUCCGCACAACUUCCUGUCCGAGAAACAUCAUCAUGUCCGAUUCAGAUCAGAACCUUCCUUUCAACCAACCAAGGUUGGUCGCCAAGAAGAUCUUGGCCAAUCUUCAAAACGAAGGCGAUGGCGCCGUCGUUCGUAGAGGCAUCGGAAGGAGUGAGUUGAGAUCUCUUGAUCCUUUUCUGAUGUUGGAUGAUUUUUCAGUUUCUCCUCCGUCUGGAUUUCCUGAUCAUCCACACAGGGGUUUUGAGACUGUUACCUACGUGUUGCAGGGAGGUAUUACACAUCAAGAUUUUGCUGGACAUAAGGGUACCAUCCACACUGGUGAUGUACAGUGGAUGACGGCAGGAAGAGGAAUAAUCCAUUCUGAAAUGCCUGCUGGUGAAGGAGCCAAUAAGGGUUUACAGCUUUGGAUCAAUCUCUCUUCUAAGGACAAAAUGAUUGAACCAAAUUAUCAGGAGCUUCUAAGUGAGGACAUCAAGAGGGCAGAAAAAGAUGGUGUCCAAGUCAAUAUCAUUGCUGGCGAAUCAAUGGGAGUUCGAUCCCCAGUAUACACAAGAACUCCUACAAUGUACCUAGAUUUCACCAUAAAUCCUGGAGCUCAGUUUCACCAAGGCAUCCCAGAAUCUUGGAACGCCUUUGUGUACAUGAUUGAAGGUGAAGGUGUGUUUGGAACACCAAAUUCAGCAGUUGUGUCUGCUCACUAUGUACUUGUUUUAGGUCCUGGAGAAGGUUUGAGUGUGUGGAACAGGUCGGAUUCGAAGAGCUUGAGGUUCGUGCUGAUUGCAGGGCAGCCGUUGAAUGAACCGGUGGUGCAGUAUGGACCGUUUGUGAUGAACACACAAGCUGAGAUUAAUCAAACCUUUGAGGACUAUCGCCUUUGCAAGAAUGGGUUUGAAAUGGCCAAGUAUUGGAGGUCUCAUUGAAUUGGGUUAUCCAAGUGUUAUAUUUUAAAAUUAAAAAAAUAAUAAUAAUAAAAGGUCCCAACUUCUAAACAGAGUUGCUAUAUUAAAAUUGAACAAUUGCAUUUUUUUUUAUUAAUCAUGUUAUAUCCUUGAUGAGUUUGUAUAUACACAUAAAAUAAAGUUUAUUGUUUUAG